CACCCAAGGUUUCUCAAGCUCACCUCACCUCACUUUUUAACAACACUGUACACUGGAUUGUCACCCUGGAUUAUAUAAUAAUCUCAUCCUGAUUUCUGGCACCUGCAGGGGAGAUAUUUUGGAUUAUUAUCACCUGAUAAUGAUGCUGCCCCUGUGCUGAUUCAGGGUGUGAGUGCUGGAGGCAGAGAGAGACAGACACCUCAGAGUGACAGGCCAGGCUGGACAGCUUGAUGGUGGUAAUAAGCUAAACAAAACAGACCCAAACCAAGGCCGAGAUGGAAUUACGACUGGGAUUUAGGAUCACCCUGGUCUUGGUCAUUCUGGCCUUGACUCUUUCCGGAGAGAGAGUGGAAGCACAGAGGGCAGGAUGUAAAAAUGUCCACUAUGACUUGGCGUUUAUCCUGGACACCUCAUCCAGUGUCGGAAAAGAGAAUUUUGAGAAGAUCAGGCAAUGGGUGGCCAACCUCGUGGAGUCUUUCGACGUGGCACCCGACAAGACAAGAGUCGCCGUGGUACGCUACAGUGACAGACCCACCACCGAGUUCACCCUGGGCAGACACAGGACCCUGGAGGAUGUGAAGCGAGCUGCCCGUAACAUACGCUACCUGGGGGGGAAUACAAUGACUGGGGAUGCUAUCAGCUACACCACCACCAACAUCUUCACGGAGCGGAAUGGAGCGAGGCCCGUCGCCAGAGGCAUUCAGAAGGUGGCCAUCCUUCUCACAGAUGGCCGAAGCCAGGAUUAUGUUCUGGAGCCCUCUAAGGCAGCUGCCAAAGCUGGCAUCAGGAUGUUUGCCGUGGGCAUCGGGGAGGCACUGAAGGUGGAGCUGGAGGAGAUUGCGGCUGAGCCAAAGAAUGCCCACGUCUUCCACGUGACAGACUUUAAUGCCAUUGACAAGAUCAGGGGCAGGCUGAGGAGGAGGCUGUGCGAGAAUGUCCUGUGUCCAAAGAUGAAGGUUCAACCUGAUCGGUUUAAGCCCAACAGCACCAGUUAUGGUCUUGAAGAGGUUCCAGGGUUCGACCUAAUGGAGUAUUUCAAUGUGAGAGAUAUUCUGGGAACCAGAGAUGAUGAUGGCCAAAGUUCUUAUGUCCGCCUUGGCACCAUGCCCAUUGUACAGCAAACAGAAGACGUGUUUUCUCAAGGGUUGCCAGAUGAAUAUGCCUUUGUGACGACAUUCAAGUUCAGGAAAACCUCAAGGCGUGAAGAUUGGUACCUCUGGCAGGUUUUUGACAAAUAUGGAAUCCCACAGGUGUCCAUCCGCCUGGACGGUGAGAACAAGGCGGUGGAGUACAACGCUGUCGGGCUGACAAAGGAUGCUGUCAGAGCUGUGUUCAAGAACCCAGAAGUGGACAACCUGUUUGACCGCAACUGGCACAAGAUUGGCCUCAGUGUCGAAGCCAAGUCUGUGUCUCUGUACCUGGACUGCAAACUCAUCCAGACUCUGCCUAUUGAGGACAGGGAGGACAUUGAUAUUCAGGGGAAGACAGUGAUUGGGAAGAGGCUGUAUGACAGCGUGCCAAUUGAUUUUGACCUCCAGAGGAUGAUGAUUUACUGUGACUCCAAGCAUGCAGAGCUGGAAGCCUGCUGUGAUUUACCCAAUGGACCCUGCCCUAAGAAAGUUGUUACAGAGGCCCCCCCAGUGGAGAUCAUCACUCCAACACCUACUGUUGUGGAGCAACAAAGAGGCCCUCAAGUGAACUGCUCCUGCCCUGCAGGACAGAAGGGAGAGAUUGGCGCUCCCGGUGUUGCAGGACCUAUGGGUGAAAAGGGUGACACUGGCUCUAAGGGCGCCAUAGGACCGCCUGGAAUCAGAGGAGAAAAAGGAGAAACUGGCAAAGUAAUCUCUGUCAAAGGUGACAGAGGUGAGAAGGGUGAUACAGGCAGGAUAGGGUUGACAGGUGCUCCUGGACAAAAAGGAGAGAAGGGACUUGGUGGUGUGCCAGGUAUUGAUGGCUUAUCUGGAGACAAGGGAGACAAAGGUGCGGCAGGAGUAUCUGGUGAUCCAGGGCUGCCAGGACCAGCUGGACUAAAGGGAAUUCAAGGGGAUGCAGGAAUUCCUGGCGUGCCGGGACCACAAGGUGUCGCUGGUGAAUCCGGUAUAAAAGGUGAAAAAGGAACUCCAGGAACCAAGGGCGAAGCAGGUUUGGAUGGAUUACCUGGCAAACCUGGUGUUUCUGGGAAAGAUGGUUUGAGAGGACUGGCUGGCACACCCGGACCCAGUGGAGUUAAAGGCACCAAGGGGGAGAGAGGCCUUCCCGGAUUACCUGGAGAUGUGUUUCAAAAAGAAGGUUUACGAGGUGAAAAGGGAGAACCUGGACCUGCUGGGCCUCCGGGGGCCGAGGGCCAUCCAGGGCCUCCUGGUCCUCCGGGUCUACAGGGUCUACCUGGGGAACCUGGAGAGUUCGGCCAGAGGGGAAAGAAGGGUGAAAGUGGACUUCCUGGAGUGGAUGGCCUUCCUGGACCGCCUGGUCCUCAGGGUCCAGCUGGGCCACCAGGAAACCAAGGACACACUGGACCCCCUGGUCUACCUGGUGAACUUGGAUUUUCAGGCAAACCUGGAGAGCCUGGAAAGCCUGGUCUGCCUGGUAAAGAUGGUCUGGAUGGUCUUCCUGGAAAUGACGGUGCCAUGGGGCCCAGGGGAGAGCGCGGAGCAGAUGGUUUUCCUGGCAAGUCUGGACCUAAGGGUGACGACGGGCCUCCCGGACCAAGAGGACCUCCAGGAGAGAGAGGAGAACCUGGUUCCCCUGGACAACCAGGUGCAGAUGGAGCAAGAGGGGAUAGGGGUGUUCCGGGAGAACGAGGACAGGAUGGACCAUUUGGGCAAAAAGGUGACAAGGGCGACAAGGGUGAAGUGGGAGCUAGGGGACCGCCUGGCACUCCAGGAAAUGUGGCGAAUGUCAUCCCUGAGCCUGGUGAACCAGGAAAACCUGGAGAGAAGGGAGAGAAGGGGGAUCAAGGGAAACCAGGAGAGAUUGGUCAAAGAGGGUUGCCCGGUGAACAAGGCUUUAAGGGACCGACUGGACCAGCGGGUCCUAAAGGUGACACUGGACUUACAGGAGAGACGGGGCGUGUUGGAGACCCUGGUCCACCUGGCCUAGCUGGUCCUCAAGGUGCUCGCGGAUUACCGGGGAAUGUGGGCAUACCAGGGAUCAUCGGGCCUCCCGGUCCAGCUGGACAGAGAGGAGACAAGGGUGAUCCGGGUAAACCAGGACAACAAGGUCCCGCAGGCCCACCCGGAGAGCCCGGUUUGAUUGGACCCCCUGGACCACCAGGGAAAGGGAAAGACGGGCAACGUGGAGAUACAGGACCACAGGGAAUUCAAGGACCCCCAGGGCUAAAGGGUCAACCAGGGUCACGAGGAGAACCAGGGUUACCAGGGGACAGGGGUGCUGCAGGAGAAGGCAAAAUGGGACUACCGGGGCCUCCAGGAAAUAAUGGGGAACCUGGAUCUGCGGGCUUGAGGGGUCCACCUGGAGUCGCCGGUCCUCAGGGCCCAGCAGGACAUAAUGGUUUACCAGGAAGACCGGGAGAGAAGGGAUCCCCAGGAGAGCCUGGAAAGGCGGCAGACCUCUCUGAUCUAAACCUGAAGGACGUUUGCUCAGACUGCCCUGCAGGUCCACCUGGAGCACCCGGUCUCCCAGGGGUCCCAGGGGACAAAGGACACCAGGGAUCUCCAGGGAAAGACGGUCAAGAUGGUUACCAAGGCCCGCCGGGACCAGCCGGACCUCAAGGGCCUCCUGGAACUGACGGUGGAAAGGGUGUUAAAGGUGAUCGAGGACCUCCUGGUGGCCCUGGAGACAAAGGAGACAAGGGUCACCCAGGACCCCCUGGCCAUCCUGGUUCUGCUGGCUUGAUGGGUACACCUGGUAACGAUGGACAGCCCGGACCCAUCGGCCCCCCGGGGCCCUCUGGAGAAAAGGGCAAAGAGGGUCUCAAAGGAAUCCAGGGACCACCAGGUCUUCCUGGCUUGAUUGGUCAGCCUGGAAAAAUGGGAAAAGAUGGCAGACCAGGUGAAACAGGAGAACCUGGCAAACAAGGUGAACCUGGACCACCAGGAAACCCUGGGCUCAGGGGACUCCCAGGCUUUAAGGGCCACAGAGGAGAACCUGGACCACCAGGACCUAAGGGAGAAGAUGGAAAGUCUGGGUCACCUGGGCGGGAUGGCAAACCAGGGAAGGAGGGCUCUAUGGGACCUCCAGGCCGAGAAGGACUUAGUGGACCAAGAGGAGAGUCGGGCAAGCCAGGUGAACCGGGGCCGGCAGGAAAAGCGGGCCUCCCUGGAACUCCAGGUCUUAGAGGGGACAAGGGAGAGCCUGGAAACCCAGGAUUACCAGGCUUUAGUGGACCUAAAGGCCCUGCGGGUCCACUCGGUCCAAUUGGCCCAGAGGGAAAACAGGGGAUGCCAGGUAGAGUUGGUGAUCGUGGCAACAAAGGAGAUAAGGGAGAUCCAGGUAUGAAGGGAGAUAAAGGACAUUCAGGAGAUCCAGGCAUGCCAGGAAACCCAGGACCCCCAGGCAGAAAGGGCCACACAGGGAUGAUGGGUAUGUCAGGACCACCAGGAGAAAUAGGAGCUCCUGGGCCACAAGGACCUUCAGGAAACCCUGGUGUCCCAGGCCAAAGAGGAGAGUCAGUAUCACUGGAGCAGAUGAGACGGCUCAUCCAGGAGGAGCUGGCAAAACAAUUAGAUGCCAAAAUGGCUUACCUUAUGGCUCAGAUCCAGCCAUCCCAUGUGAAGAGUACAGCGGGCCGUCCAGGUCCUCCAGGCCCUCCGGGUAAGGAUGGCGGCAGUGGACGACCUGGCCCCCCUGGAGAGCCCGGUAUGCCUGGACAGAAUGGAGGAGAAGGACCCAGGGGACCCAUGGGCCCUAAAGGUGAGAAAGGAACAAAAGGAGAAAAGGGAGAACCUGGUAUCGGUGAACGAGGAGAGCAAGGACCCUCUGGCCCCAUAGGACCUGCCGGUAUGCCUGGUUAUGGCAAAGACGGAAGCCCAGGACAAGCUGGAGCCCAGGGAGAGCCAGGAAAUCCCGGCCCCCACGGUCAACCUGGACCUCCAGGUCCUCCUGGUCAAUGUGACCCCAGCCAGUGUGCCUACUACGCCAGCCUGGCACACAGACCCCACACCAAAAAUGUCAAGGGGUCUUAAGAAAGAGGAGACACAAAGAGCUUGAAGUCCAGCUGUAUUUAUGAACUUGGUCGUGUCAGUCUGAAUCAAGAACUUUUCUUUUUCAAGAUAACCUCAGUUUGGAGGGCUGAAGCAACUUGUGCUGCCGGUCAGAUUCUUUGUUUUUUUUUGGUAUGAAGCGUGGGAUGGAUGGGGAUUAAGCAUCAAAGGUAUUUUUCUGAUUUAAUAUGGGGUAAAGAGGGCAGCUAAACAGUUUUUUCCUCACUUGCAUGCUUCCUGUAAAAUAUAUAGGGAGAUAACGAGGAUGAUACAAUUCCCUCCUCUUAAACCCCCCCCCCAUCGGGAGUUAAGAUUUGGGAGUCUGAUAUUGUAUCGUUUCAUCAGUAAUUACCAAAAAACGUCAGUAAGGCAAUUUCUUGCAGGAAUAUGUCUGCACCACAGUCUUUCCUUUUUCCUGCCUCACACCAUUUUGUAUCAAUUACCAUUCGCAGCCCACGCUGUCCUACAUCGAGCAAUAGAUGUCAGUCACUGCUCACUAAAUUGUUCUCACGCUAGGGAUCUUCUACCAGUCUACUGGUAAUUACUCAGUCAAGGGAAUUAUCUGUUUUAUUGUCAUUGAUGGGAAGGGGGAGGGGGGACAGACUGUGAGGCACGAUCUUAAACACCAAUAGUGAUUUUGUGUAGGAGGAGUGUUAAUGAGUUAGUGUGGAGAGUGAUGAUGACCACAUUUGUGCAAUUCUUGCCUCCAGGCUGGUAGCAUUGUUCUUAUGUAGUGUUUGGAAAGUAUUGGCACCCAAAAACUGUUAGAAAAAUCCCCCUUAAACAAAGUGAACAUGUCUGAUUUAUUUAGACAGAAAUAAAACAAAAUUUUGGAGGCAACAGAAAUUACUCAUAAAUUAGAGCCUUGGCGAUGUUGUUUCAAGCUUUGGGAGAGAUUUGAAGGAUUUCAUUCCAAAAUUCAGUUUAUUUGCCUAAAAAUUGCAACACAGUGCUCACACUAUCAAUGAAAUGGUAUGAAUUUGUAUCUUUUAAAGGUGGAUAUCUCAUUUUGAAAUGGAAGUAAUUUAGAUUUGCUUGAAAAUCUGUCCAAAACAGUAAUAACAUGACACUUGUGCAUAAUUCAUACAUGCCAUGCAAUGAUUUGUUCUAAGCUCACCCACAGGAUAGCUAUUAAACCUGAGUCUAAAAACAGAGAUGUCGAGACAGGACGAAAUGUCACUGUUAGAUUUGUACUUUUAUGUUUAAUGAAGUGGCUCUGGUCAUUCUCGCUUUGAGGUAUGCAUAGACCCGAGCAGUAAACAGCUUUAAGGAGAUGGUAUAAUUGCAGCCUUUGUUCACCUUUCUUGAAAAGCUGCUUGUUUCACACUGCUUUCUUUAAAUGUGUCACUUCCUUUCUGUUCAGUGGGGCUUAAUAAGUGCCUACGCUGUGGCAGUGCCCGGCAGCUCAGACCCGUUCUGAAAAGACUCUGCUUUUCUUAUUUGUCCCCUGGAACCCUAAAUUGGAGCGUUGCUUCCAUGCAUCCUGAUGACCAGAGCAGUUGUGGUAACCAUUAAGAAGAUUUUUUGUCUUAUGUCCCUCAUGGACCAAUUACACCUCUCCCUAACCUCAGAUGUGCUGGUCAUCUAAAAUCUAUUAAAUAGCCUCCACAAAAGGUAUCACAUUUGUCUUCCUUUUGAAAACAUAAAGAAACACGCCAAAACAUACGGUAUGACCUACAGGUCACGGAUUAUGAUUGUAUGGGCCAGCCAUACUUACAAUCUCUUGCUCAGGUUACCUUUUGGGAAGUCAUUCAUAAAGAAUGUAAAGCUGUGGCUCUGACACAACUUAGUUUUGAAGAUGUUAGUAAAGCAGACUGGAGGUUUUAGUUUGACAAAUAUUUCUCGGCUGCUCUGGAGGCAGGAGUAAUUUCAUUUGUUGAAGUUGUGUCAUUUUUGAAAGAAUUAACAGCACAUUCUUCAUUUAACAAAUGAAAAGUUGAGUUCAUGAACAAUAAAGUGCACCCUUGCUAAAUUCUGUACACUCAGGGGUUUUCCUGCUGUAGCCUCACUCGGUCUGGUAUGACCAAUAGCUUAUUGGUGGCUAGUGUUAAUGCUAAUGUUAGCAAAAGGUUGAAUUUAACAUUUACAUUUACAUGUUUCCACAUGUGACAAUGGCCUCUCUUCAACUAAAGUUACAUAGUUACAGUUAUGGUUCAAAAUAGAAACAUUUUAAUAAAAAAGCUCAUGUCCAUAGCAUUAGGUUAGCUUGCUAGCUUGCAUUAAUACAUAAAAAUGGCUAGUUUAAUAUAGGCUGGCCAGCUAUGCUCACUAGCUGCUUUUUCAACUUUUUUAUGUACAAUAUGUUGCCAACAAAACUGUAGAUGUUACAGCACCUCUGGGAUGUAUCUUGCCUUCAGAACAGCUCUGCCUCUGAGAAAUGUUCGUAUCACUAAAACUACCAUAAAACUUCUGAUAAUAGCCCGGGUGUUUAUUUGCUUAAAUCACUGAACUCAGCCUGCCUUUAUUGGGGACAGGCCUUAAAUUCCUUUAGCACAAAACUCUUGCCAGCACAGAUGGAAAUACUAUGUGAAUGUGCUGCUUCUCUUGAGUUUUCUUAAGCAAAUUUGACAACUUAAAUAGGUUAAAUUUCAUGCUGCCGCCUUCAACGGGAACGUUGUUUUACGGCAGCUGGUAUUUUGUUUACCAUGCCGGUAAUUCUGAAUAAUAUUAUAUUGUAGUGCUCAUAGUUUUCUUAAAAUGAACCAAACAAUUGAAUUGUGGAGAAUCUAACUAAUGUGCAGCAUGUCCAUAUUGACAAAGGUUUAAACAUUUAUAUUUGUGUAGACAAACUAAACAACUUAAAACUCGCUCAAGCAGGCGACCCGGUGGGCUUUAAGAGGUUUUAUACAUCCAGAUACUUCCUAUAAAAUCCAGACCAGGCUUCUAAUUGAGACCUGCAUUUAUUUGGCAAAAUGUAUGGCCACACUAGGCUAGUAAAGGAGACCUGCUUCUAUAUAGGAACCUGCUUUUAUAAGUUUUAUGGUACAUUAGGUUCAGAAUCAUUGUUUGGUCCUAAAUGUGUGAUUGGAAUGAAUUACCUGCCAUGUCAUACCAUUUAAUAUAUCUUUCUAUUAGCUGCUUCUUUGUCAGUGAUUUAUUAUUGCACAAUCAAACCGCAUCAGUAUUGCCCUUUCUUGGUUUUGUAAAUGCUUGAUUCAGUUGCCAAUAGAUGUGUUACAGGGUGGGAUGGUAAGUAAGUUGCAGCACACAGCUUACAGUUUUGUUGUGCAUAUUAGCCAAACAUCUUUCAUUAUUCAAAUUAGCUAUUUUUGCUAAUUGAAAGAUUUUAAAGUUAAAGUUAUCAGGAUUUAAACCAAUACAAUUGUGUUUUAAUGCAGUAAAAAUGUAUUAACCUGUUUUUCCCCUUUUUUCCUGAUGAAUUGGUGCUAAGAUAUUUUAAAUUAGUAGAAUAUUGUAAGUAUUGGAAAGACACAUGUACUGUACUGUAUAAUAAAGACUGGAACAGAUUCAUUUUAUAAAA